UAGGCUAUAGCUUCAGGUCUGUGCGUGUUUGUUUGCUUUUCGCAUGCUGAAAUAGCUGCCUCAGUGAAUGUAAUUUCUCCUGAAGGCUACAAAAACUGCAGAGAGCUACAAUCAAAACUGGAAGAAACAAUGUACACACAGCUACGCAACGUUUAACUGUACAUGAGAGCACAGCUCAGUGCAGCUGUCUAUCUGACUGAGAUUUGAUGGUAGUUCUUAACCUUGCAUGCAUGUGGUCUGCGCUGAAGCGGUGCGGACGCGGCCACUCCUCCGAGCACGAGAUCCAGACUGACAGACAAGAUAUUGUUUUCUACCGAAUGGGGUGAUACUGCCUUCGGUGAAGCAAAACUCUUCUUCCCUAAAGCUGUUGCAGUCCAGUGAAGAUCUUUCUUGUUAUUGUGUAGGUGGUGUAAAACGGACAAAAGAGCACUCAAUAUCAUGGCUGAUGGCAGCCAGAACAGCUCCUUUAAUCAGAGCUCAGAAUAUGGAAAUGUCUACAGACCACAGACAGUGUUCAGUGUCUUGACGUUCACCCUGCUGGCCAUGCUUAUGGUGGCUACAUUUUUCUGGAACAUGCUCGUCCUAGUCACAAUUCUCAGAGUCAGAACGUUCCACCGUGUGCCCCACAAUCUGGUGGCCUCCAUGGCUAUAUCUGAUGUUAUGGUGGCUGCUUUGGUGAUGCCUCUCAGUCUAGUCCAUGAGCUGAAUGGUCGUCGAUGGAAGUUGGGCCAAGUUCUCUGCCAAGUCUGGAUUUCCUUUGACGUCCUGUGCUGUACAGCCAGCAUUUGGAACGUGACCGCAAUAGCCCUCGACCGUUACUGGUCCAUAACUCGCCACCUGGAGUACACGCUGAAGACCCGAAAGAAGAUCUCCAAUGUGAUGAUAGGCUUGACCUGGCUGCUGUCUUCUGUUAUUUCCCUCUCCCCUCUGUUUGGCUGGGGUGAGACGUAUUCAGAGGAGGACAUGGAGUGCCAGGUGAGCCAGGAGCCGUCUUACACCAUCUUUUCCACAUUCGGGGCCUUCUAUCUGCCUCUUUGUGUUGUGCUGUUUGUCUACUGGAAGAUAUACAAAGCUGCUAAGUUCCGUAUUGGAUCAAAGAGGACCAACACCAUCACUCCAGUUGCAGAGGCUGGAGAGGUGAAAGAGGCCUCCAGACAACAGCCUCAGAUGGUGUUCACGGUACGCCAUGCCACAGUGACAUUCCAGACCGACAGCGAGACGUGGCGAGAGCAGAAAGAGAAGCGUGCAGCUCUGAUGGUGGGCAUCCUCAUCGGAGUGUUUGUCCUGUGCUGGAUCCCUUUCUUCCUCACCGAGCUCAUCACCCCGCUGUGCUCCUGCCACAUCCCGCCAAUAUGGAAGAGUGUCUUCCUCUGGCUGGGCUACUCCAACUCUUUCUUCAACCCGCUCAUUUACACAGCCUUCAACAAGAACUAUAAUAACGCUUUCAGAAAUCUCUUCUCUCGACAGCGCUGAGAGAUAUCAGAAAUCUUGGCCGUGCCACAAAAGCCAGUUUAAGCCACCCUUAACAUUUGGGAAAGUGUGGUUAUCUGAGUUCUUCAAAAAGCACAGAUUCACAAAGAAAUGGCGCUCAAGUAUGGACGGAAUGAUGUCUGGGCUUUUACUGUCAGGCAAAGUGAUUUGACCCAGUGUCAACAGUGAAGAACGCUCAGCCAAAAUGUCAGUCUGUCCCCUGCAUUAAAUGAAUAUAGACCAUGUCUGGCUUUUAGCAGUCAGUUUAUGUGUUUAUAUAAUAUAUAAAUACAUAACUUAAACUUGAAUAAAACCAUGUUAUUAAUUAAUUAAUUAACACAACUUCAGACUUGAGAUUUGAGAAUACCAAUGUUUUUUUCUUCUUGGAAGGUUAUAUGGUAUACUGUCUUAUUUAGGAGAGAAAACAUCCAAAAAGACCCAGAAUUAUGGACAGUAGUUGGUAAUAUUCCUUUGGUUAAGAUGAUUUAGGCUUUCUCCUAUAGCUCUGUUUUAGAAUUUGGAUACAUUUUCAUUUACAAACACAUAGUACAUUUUGUGUAGGCUGCCUUUUUGCACAUGGUAACCUUAAUGUUGUUCAGUGUAGAUCAUUAUUGUUCCUAAUUACAAUGCUCAGACUCAAACGAGUGGUACAGAUGAUUUGUGUUGUCAUUGUUUAUUACCCUGAAAGAUACAGCUUCUUAUAAAAAAUAAAAAGUAAUGUCUCUGUUUUGAGGAGAGUGAACAUGGGAUUGAUGUAUUACAGCUCC